AUCUUUCCCCGUAUGUUGACAUUCUCCUGUUUUGUUUUCUGUGCAGCAAGAUGGCCUCCGAUUUUUACAUUGAAUUUAACUGUGCUACUAGUGUGUUUUAGGUAGCAAACAAUGGUAGAAGUUAAUAUGGCCACAAAACGGACAGCUCCGCUCGACGAAAGUUCCGACGACUCUUCAAAGCCCUUAUGCAAAUGGGGACCAUUAUGCUACAGGAAGAAUAUCGAUCAUUUGCAAGAGUUUGCUCAUCCUCAUCGUACAGCGGCAGCUGCCAAGGCUAAACCGGGUGACAUGAAUAAGGCCAAAGCUAUUCCAGCAAAAAUAGCUCGGCCGCCAGCGUUUCCAUCCACCGAUAGUCCGGCUAAGAAAUUUGGGGCGCCUUCGACACCACCUAAACCAAAACACUUAGAUGCGGCCUUUCUGGAGAGCUGCUAUGAUUUGCUAUUUCCAGAAGAUCUAUUUGACUUGUGGAGUGUGUGCUCGGAGUUGAACCCGGACAAUCCUCGCGAAGCUCUGGCGCCACUCCUUGGGUAUCGACUUGUGGGACCGUUUGAUGCACUUGCACUUAAAGGAAUUGUCGAUUCAAACAAUAAGAGAGCAUUCAACUUGCACUAUCGAUACUAUUACGACCCGCCUGAAUUUCAGACAGUUUUGGUGGAUGUGGCUUCCGAUUGCCAUAUAGGUUAUUUCCGUGACGAUCCCAGCGAGCAACCCGUGUUUGUCGCUCAAUCCCAGCUUCACCGAAAAGACGUUCAACCGUGGAAGUUACUAAUACUUGGGUCAAAUUUAAUCCAGGUUAUACACAAUCAGAUCAAGGAGCAAAUCAAGAAAACGAAAGACGAAGAUGAUCAAAAAGCAACUUUGGAACAGGUACUAGAAAUCGUUUCGAGAGUUUCUCAGAACAAACAUUUGCUGAGUUAUAAGUCAAAAAGAAAGGCACGUGCCGUUGGCAACGUCAUGCAUCACGUCGGUAUGGUAGUGCCUUACGAUGACAAAACUGAAAUCGGAUAUAGGCCACUGACCGUGACUAACGUCGAAUUACGCCGUAUGAUGCAGAACGUCGCAUCAGCUCAACAGUCACAAGUAAAGACGGCACUUGCACCGAUACAAGACAUCGUCACGCUGGUUAACUUUGCUAACGACGAAUGCGACUAUGGCAUGGGACUCGAACUAGGCCUCGAUCUGUUUCUAUUCGGCAAUGAACGCCUUCAUUCCACUGCACUGUUUCUUCUUCAGACGGCGUACACGCUUUUACAACGGACAAAAUUUGUCGAGAUUAUUAAGGAUCAUCUCGCAGCUCGAAAAACAGAAGAUUAUGACUAUCUCAGUAAAAUAGCAGCAUCAGACGGUGAAGAGCCUGACAAGGAGUAGUCGGGCUGAUUUUCUGAAUUAGAUAUUUAAUAGCUUAUACGUUUUUUAAUCGCCGAUCUUAUCAUAAAGCCGUAGAGUAGUGAGCAUUGUACAUUGCAGAUAGUGAUAUUGAGAGCUUAGGGCAAAGAAAGUGUCCUCCUCAUCGGUACAUUUGCCAAGCAUUAAAACGAGAUGACCUUGUCGUUUGGAGGAGAUAUAUUCAAAUAGGUAUACAUUACAUAGGCGUAUUCUAUACAGGCAAAUUUUAUAGCUUUCUAGAUAGCAAUAGCUCCGAUACUGAAAUGGGGAUCAUUUAAUACCACUUUGUUUAGUCUGGCUUUACUCCUGAAAAGCCUGGCUAGAGUUUUUCCUUCGAGCAGAAUGCCAUAGUUGUUAAAUUGUUAUAGCUCGUAGGUCGUUAGGCUGGUUUCAUGUAUAUAUACAGUAUAUAUUUAUAUAUUAGUAAGUGUUUAUGUAAAGUUUUCAUUCACAUAACAUUUUUCAACAACGUGUGAGCUUCAUUAAAGUAUGUUAUUGCUGAGUAAGAAUUUUUGUUUUUUCUUUGCCGUAAGAAGUGGAGUUGGUAACACUGUAUAUUACAUAUUUUUUAGGAAGAAAGAUUUACCUUUAGAAUAGCAUGGUUGUUUAAUAUAAUAUUAUCUGCUGAUGGGCCAUAACAGGCUGAUGGGACAGGCACAUUUUUUUUUAACUACAUUUGAACCCGUCAAAGUUUUCACUCGUUUGGUCAUUUUCUACUUUCGAACCGUAUUUUGACGUGCGCAGCUUAUUGUUAAAUGUUAUUAUGUCCUUAAGGCCUCUCUGAGAAGUGUGUUUUAAGAGUAAGAUCUCUUUUUGAGUUUUAUAGCUAAUAAAUAUAUCUAAUUUCAUUCAUUUUAGGUAAUUUUAGAUUUUGUCGUUUGCUUUGCAUCUAAUUUUAAUCAAGCACAAUGUUUCGAUGUCUAUACUGUCAUGCAUGUAUUAACAUGGUCGUAGACUAACAGAAAGUUAAGUCUUUGUAAAACACGCCAAAAGCGAUAGAACAAUCUUUGCACAUAUUUCGGACUGAGACUGUCAAUUAGCUUCUUUCGUUUCACUUCGAAAAGCCGGCUUUUCUUAGUUACAAAUCGAUUUUAAUCGAUCGAUAAUUACGAAUUUAAUCCAAAAUCAACCCAAAUUUCCCCAAUAAAUUCAAAUUUAUACAGAAUUAAAAAAAAUUGUUUUUAUACAGGAUAUAACUGCCUAUUUUUGUAUUCAGUUUAAGGUUAUUGGCACUGAGCAUUCCUUUAGGCGGGACUAUUUAAUUGUUAAUUAAUAUGUAAUGCACGUAUAUGAGAAU